GCUCGACUAAAUAUUAUAGAACUUUAACACAGUGAUAACAUACUAAUUCAGUGAAAUAUACUUUUUUUUCAGUAACAUUUAUACAAGUUAGCUAUAUGAAUGACAAAAUGACAGAUAUCCCUCAGGAUUCAAAGAGGUGUGAAGAAAAAAAAUGUUCAAAAGUUGCUGUCCACCUUCUCAUAACAUUGUUUGGUAUAUCUGCUUGGAUUGGUGCUAAUGGGAUAUUUAUACAAACACCAGUGCUUAUCGAUAUUUCACCUGAAAGCUGGGCUUUAGCAGCUUAUCUGGUAUUAAUAAUCCAAGCUGCAAAUUUUGGACCUUUGUUUUAUACAGUCUUACAACAGUUUAAAUGCAAGAUAAACGAGUCUUGGUGGAUAUUAUGUUUAUUAGUUUUGGGAACUUUAGCAAUGGGACUGUUGAGCUUUCUUUAUUCUGAAAGAACUGUUAUUGCUGGAAAUGAAUAUAGCUUGGUAUUAUUUAUAUUAACAUUUUUCAAUGCACUAGUAGGUUGCUUUAGUUCUGUAUUAUUUAUGCCGUAUCUUCGAAAUUUUAAAGAAAAUUAUUUAACAUCAUAUUUCAUAGGAGAAGGAUUAAGCGGUGUCCUACCCAGCAUAGUUGCUUUGGUGCAAGGAAUUGAAGACAGUUCAGAAUGUACAACAUUUACAAAUGAUACCAGAGACUCCUUUGAUUCUAAUUUAAAAUUUUCUUCAAACCAUUAUUUUCUUUUCAUAUUUGUUAUCUUAUGUUUAUCUUUAACUGCAUUUGUUAUUUUAGAGUAUUCCCCUCUUGUGCAAAACAAGAAAAAGCAUCACAAGUCUCUUGGUACAAUAUCUAAUGGGAAGGAAAUUAAUAUUUCUCAUAAUCAUUACACAGAGGAUGUACCAAGACACUGUUCAUUAGAAGAAGAUUCAUUUCUUCAUAAUCACAAAUGUCUGACAAAACAAAUGCAAAAUUAUUUAUUUAUAUUACUUGCUAUAUUUUGCUUCUUUAGCAAUGGCUUUCUUCCCAGUAUACAAUCUUAUUCUUGUUUACCAUAUGGAAAUACAGCUUACAAGCUAUCAGUUACAUUUGCUCAAUUUGCAAAUCCACUUGUAUGUCUAUUAGCAUUCUGGUUGAAGAUAUCAAGCAUAAAAAUUGUCAAUUACUUGUCCCUAAUAUGUUUAAUUAUUGGAAGUUAUGUGAUAUACUUAGCAAUGAUGUCUCCUGCACCACCUUUACAGAAAACAAUCCUUGGUGUUGUUCUGGUUGUCAUGUCAUGGACAAUUUUAAUAGGAUUUAUCUCUUAUUUGAAAUUAAUCAUUGUAUCAAUAUUUAGAAGAACAGUGCUCCCUAGAAUACUUUUUAAUGUUGGUGUGAUCAUGCAAAUUGGUUCUGCAAGUGGUGCAAUAUUUUCAUUUUUAAUAAUUAACUUCACAAACAUUUUUGAAAUGCAUAAUAACUGUACUUUAACAGACAAUUGAAAUUGUAAAUAGUAUAAAAUUGGUAAUUGCUAUAGCACUUCCAUUGAGGGUUCAGAGUUAACUAAUUGCUUUCUAUGCAAAAGUAUAUACUGAUAAUUUAUCAGAAUGAUCUUACAUAUUUUUAUAACUGUACAUAUGUGUCUGCAUUUAGGAAUGAAUUUUUACUGGAACACAACAAAUGAACAGUGAGACAAAACAAUUAUACAAAUGAUAAAUGAAUGUUAUGAACUUAUUUGUAAGGAAAGUUUCUGAAAAAAUAAUUUUAGAAUUUUAA